AUGAGGACGAAAUCCUCGGUGUACGUCGUCGAAUCCUUACAAGCUCACCGAUCAUCGAUACACACAACCCAACUCACCGAUCGCGCUUGCACCGACAACACAGCCGAGAAGCUGCAUGUCGACGGCGAUUGCGAAGUACGUGUUUUACAUUCUCAAAAUUACGACGGUCACUACGACGACGAAGAAAAGGAAAAUGAGGACGGAGGAAUGCUAUUGCCAAAAGUUGUCGAGGACCAGCGUCACACAGUGUCCGCCAUGUCAGAUCCGUUACCAGUCGACCAGUGUCGCAGAGGAUCGUUUGACGCACACCUUCAGACAAGGCGAUUUGUGGCUUUCGAUGAGACGCUUAUUAUAAAUGUUGCCGAAUUCCACGGCGCCUUGCACAACCGGCGUUCUGCUCACGGCGAUCGUCACCACGUCCCCCCCCGUCGAUCGCGACGUCACCGCGGCCUUGAGUCGCGCCGCGGUGUCAGACACGACGGGCAAACGGCCGGUUUUCCAAUUCACUCGACGGUUGCUGUGAAGCCGAUUUCGUUUUGCCGCGACCUCAAGUUUCAUCCAGUUCCACGCUGCCUUAAUCGCUGUUUAAUAGCCUGUCGUCUUCGCCUUUUUCUGUUGUACGUUUACUAUCGCGCCCGGCUGCGAAAACUGGUCAACGAUAGACUUAGUAAACGAGCGCUUGCACCUCGCACGUUCCUCAUUAAUGAGGAACUGGAAAAACACGAAGGCAAUUCUCGCUUUCAAAUCCUCUCUACACGACUCGGCGUAGAAGCAGCCAGCGAUCGGGAGAACAGCUUCCGGUCACGGAUGUACUACGACGCGUUACCGUCGAAGGUUCACUCUGGCCGACGUUUACUGGGUCUUUUUUACGUUCUGAGCGAAUGCACCGAGAUUCCGUUCCUCACUCAGAUUCGUUUGCUAAACAAUUACGCCUCAAGCACUCGACGGCGAGAUGAGCUGAGAUACUGGAGCCGCUGGAUCGAAUGGCCAGGUGAAGACAGACGACACGAUCGACGUUACACUGUAGGCCAUCAGGCCCCAUCGGGCCUGCGAAUCCUGAUCCGCGUUCGCAUCGGCUUUCCUCCGGCCGCAUUAUGCGAUCAGCGUCUUCCUGCUGGGUCUCCUUGCUGUGUCCGUGCAUCGGCGGAGAUAGGCGAGUGCGGCGUCCAGUCGGCGGUCACUGCAUUUCCUCAAGAAGACGUUGUCGACGAGAAUUUUCUCUACACUCCGUGCGAUGCGCAUCAGCCGCACGAUGGUAGCUCGUUUAUGAGAAAGCCGGAAGCUGUCGAAACAUCGGAAUAA